AUGAGUGCAAAAAUAAUAGGUGUUGAGCAAGACCAACAAUUUUCUGAUGAUGACAAGGAUCAAAAAGUUGACAUCAACUCACUGGAUUACGACUCAUUAGCAGAAAUCUUCAUGUUGCUGUCAAUACCAGAAAGGAUAGACAUGGAAAAAGUUUGUGUCAAAUGGAAAGGGGCAUGUCAACGAGCUUGGUAUGACACUAAAAAAUACAAAUGUGAAUCAUCAAUUGAACGUUCAUAUAAUAACCAACAUAUUAACCUAUCGCUGUACAUGGACUUUAGUGAAUCAUAUGAAACUACAACUGACAAAGUACUCUAUACUAUUUUUUCUACAUGUAAAAAUCUAAAACAUCUUGAUAUUGCACGUGGUCCUUAUGAUGUAGCUAAAAUUCCUCUCAAAAAAUGGAUAAACUUACAGAACUUACAAUAUCUUGCUAUUCCUUGUAUUAUAACGCCUGACUUAGCAAGUACAAUUGUUCAAUAUUGCAAGAAUUUGAAAGGCUUGAGGAUACAUAGUCUUCAUCAAAUUAUGAAUGAUGCUGCUUUGAAAAAGUUAACAGAGUUGGAAAAUCUUGAAUGUUUAUCAUUGCUUGGUUGCGUUAUACUAAAAGAGGAAUCAAUAAUCGCAAUUUCAAACAAUUGUAAAAAACUUAAACGUUUAGAUAUUCCUUCUGGUUCUAUUUAUGAUGACCCUCCUUCUUCCCCGUCUGUUUUUGAUGAGAUAUCAAAAUUGCAAUAUCUUGAACAUCUAAACUUGUAUUCGGUAAGAAGUCUCAAAAAGAGUACAAUUAUUGCUAUUGCUAAUAAUUGUAAAAAUCUAAAAAGUUUAGAAAUCGCAGACUGCAAAGCUAUUACUGAAAAAGCUCUUGUUGCUUUAACAAAGUUGGAAAAUUUACAAAAACUAGAUGUAAGUUUUCUUGAUAUUACAGACAGCUUCAUUAGUAAAUUAAAAGGAUUGAAAGAAUUGGAUUGUGCUCAUUGCAAGAAACUUACUGAAGCUGGUAUCAUUCAAUUUAUAAAAAAUAAUCCAGAUCUUGAAGAGAUUAGUGUCGAUGAAAUUCUUGGUUGCAAUGAAGUACCAUUUGCUGUUCUUGAUGAGUUAUCAAAAUUACAAUAUCUUGAACAUCUCAAUUUGUGUGGGCUAUUAAAUCUUAGAAGUGGUACAAUUACCGCUAUUGCUAACAAUUGUAAAUACCUGAAGAGUUUAAGAAUCCGAGGUUGCAGUCCUAUUACUGAAACAGCUCUCGUUGCUUUAACAGAGUUGGAAAAUUUAGAAAAACUAGAUGUAAGCUUUCUUGAUAUUACAGACAGCUUCAUUAGUAAAUUGAAAGGAUUAAAAGCAUUCCAGUGUACUCAUUGCAAGAAACUUACUAAUGAUGGUAUCAUUCAACUUAUAAAAAAUAACCCAGAUCUUAAAAGGAUUGAUGUCCGUUGUAUAGAUAAUAUUACAUAUAAUGACUUGGUUAAUGCUGCUAAUCAGGCAGUCAAAAAUCGUACAAAUGGUGUUAUUUUACACAUUAAAAUAUCUAUUCCGUUAACAAUCCAAGCUUCUGAGACAAUCAUUAAAUCUCAAUGGUUGGUUGUUGAAUAG